ACAGUCAAUCAAGACGGCUUAGAGCACCGGACCUCAGCGCCAGCAUGCAAAGACGGGCACGUCUGGACUUCUCUGGGAUUCCCCUGCGCCGGUACAAGGCUGCCUAAAGCACUCAACAGGCGAGCUCACUCCGCCGCGUCCCCUCGCUGGGAGCGGCCGCUAAACACCGGCUCGCCCUCCCGGUGCCCUCCCUGCCCCCGACUGAGACACCGCCUGCAGCACAGAGGCCGCGGCUGAGGAUUACUCAUCGACGCCUGCCACGGCCCUGUCUAGGCCCAGCCUGCCCCUCAGCAUGACUGGCACUUUUCCUGGCCGCGCAACCGGCGAGAGGAGCCGGGGAGAGCGGCACCACAGCCCGCGGCUCUUCGGCCGCACCUCGGCCCCCUCCGCCCGCUGCCGCUGACACCGCCACGGCCGAGGGGCCCGGGGAGGCACGAAGCCCGGGCCCGCCGAGGACACCGGGACCGUCGCAAGCCCGCUCGGCGCCUCGGCCUCCCUCAGCCGGCAGUUCAGGAAAGCGGAAGCGCGCCCGGGACCACCAUGGAGGAGCAGGGCCGUGGCUGGUCCCCACCCCGUGGCCCCCCGCAGCGCUGAGUCACUGCGCGGUGCCGGGAGAAACCCAGGCGCCGCACGCCCGACCCGCCUGUUGCCUCCUACGGACUACGGGCCCCGGGCGGGGGUCGGCGGAGCCUGGCGCGCCCUGCCCCCGGCCCGGCCCAGCCCCUCCCCUCCCCGGGGCUCACCGCCAUCUUGGAGGGGGGUCUGCGGAGCCUGCGCAGGAAGGAGCGGGGGGAACGGGCCGAGGGAGCCGCCGCCAUCUUGAAGAGGGGCAGCGCCUCGGCACCUCCCGCCCGCCCGCGCCCGGAACAUCCGCCCCCGCCUCCUGAGGCGAGAGGGUACGCGCCGGAAGCGCGCCCGCGAUUAUAGUGGCGGAUCUACCUGGACUACAACGCCACCACCCCUCCGGCCCCCGAGGUGGUCCAAGCCGUGCGGGAUGCUAUGAGCCAGGCUUGGGGCAACCCCAGCAGCUCCUACCCCGCAGGGAGGAAGGCGAAGGAGCAUAUUGGCAGUGCCCGGGAGAGCGUGGCGAGGAUGGUGGGAGGCCGGCCAGAGGACAUCGUCUUCACCUCGGGGGGCACGGAGGCAAACAACAUGGUGAUCCACACUGCCUGCAGGCACUUCCACGACAGCCAGGCCACUUCGGGGGACAGAUGGGGAACACCACACAUUAUCACGUCGAGUGUGGAGCAUGACUCAGUCCGACUGCCACUGGAGCAGCUGGUGAAGGAGGGCUUGGCGGAAGCCACUUUUGUGCCUGUGUCCCAACAAAGCGGGCGGGCUGAGGUGGAUGAUGUCCUUGCUGCCAUCCGGCCGACUACCUGUCUGGUUUCCAUCAUGUUGGCUAAUAACGAGACUGGGGUCAUCAUGCCUGUCAUGGAGCUGAGCCAGUGUGUCCAUGCCCUCAAUCAGCGGAGAGUGGCGGAGGGGCUGCCCAGGAUCCUGGUGCACACAGAUGCAGCACAGAUGAUUGGCAAGGGUCAUGUGGAUGUGCAGGUGCUAGGGGUGGACUACCUCACCAUUGUGGGACACAAGUUCUAUGGCCCGCGGAUUGGGGCGCUGUAUGUGCGUGGCCCUGGCACCACCACCCCGCUACACCCCAUGCUCUUCGGAGGGGGACAGGAGAGGAGUUUCCGGCCAGGCACUGAGAACACCCCGAUGAUUGCGGGCCUCGGCAAGGCUGCAGAGUUGGUGAGCAAGAACUGGGAGACCUAUGAGGCUCAUAUGCGGGAUGUUCGGGAUUACCUGGAGGCCAAGCUGGAGGCCUCCUUCGGGAAGCAGAGGAUCCACCUCAACAGCCACUUUACAGGCUCCAAGCGACUUUGCAACACCUCUAACUUCUCCAUCCUGGGCCCAGGCCUUCAAGGGCGAAGGGUGCUGUCCUGCUGUAAGAUGCUUCUCGCCAGUGUUGGGGCUGCCUGUCACUCUGAGAAAGGGGAUAGGCCCUCCUUGAUUCUGCUCAACUGUGGGAUCCCCUAUGAUGUGGCACAGAAUGCCUUGCGGCUGAGCGUGGGACGGGACACCACCUGGGCUGACGUGGACCUGGUUGUGCAGGACCUCAUACAGGCUGUAGCACAGCUGGACCAGAACCAAGCCCCUUAGAGCUCAGGAUUUGCUUGCUCUCUGGCUAUCAGGCAGGUUCUUGGGAUGCGGUUGUGUCUGAUUGACUCUUGGCUGCCUGUAUCAUUUUGGGCUCAGAGUUUGGCAGGAUUAGUUUUGUACCUGGUCCCUAAAUUGAACUGCCCCAGCCUGCAGCUUGUGACUGUGGAUCAGACACAGGGGAGGGGUCAGGAGGAGGAAGUGGGAUUACCCAUUUUGACAGCCUUGUGCUCUUAGGGCUGAUUAGCUUGCACUCACAGGGUCACAGCAAGGCUGGCAGGGCUGUGCAGCUUGAACACAGAGUGGAGGCAGCUUGCUAGGGCAGCUCAGCAAGAGCAUGGUCAGGACUGUCACACUCUGCAUGGUGCAGGCAUCUGGGGAGUUUCACUAUCAAAUGCUUUUCACUUGCCAGGACAUACCUAGCUGCCUGCAUGCAUGUGUGCAUGUUGGCAUGAUGGAGUCCCAAAGCUCAACUGCAUCGAAUGCAUUACAAGUGUGGAAGCUAUAGGAGAUGGAGCCUUUUUCCCCUGUUGCUUUCCACAAAGGAAGCUUUCCUGCUGUCUUAUCACUCAGAGGAGGAAAGGCCAUCUGCCUCAGAGGGAAAUGAGGAGUUUAUAGAACAGCAAGAUUCCAGGCUGGGAACUGGCAGGGCCCUCAGCUGCCUAGGGGGGUUUUGGCUGGGAAAGUGUUUGGCGUGGCUUUCCCAGCACUGCAUUGUGUUACCUGUUCCCCUCCCUCCUGUCCUUCCUACAGUAGGCAGAACUCCUGUCGCAAGCUCCAUGUGAUCCUGAAGGAGACAUGUUGGGGCAGCUGUAACUGUUCCAGCACCAUCUCUGAGAAAGUGUGUGACCCAGGAGAUGGCUCCCAUCACUGGCAGAGGACAUUAAGUAUCCUCCACACUACACAGAUUGGGAGUGUUGCUGAUGGGCUGAUACUGGGGAGUCUGGUCUCCCUGGAUAUUCAUAGGAAUAAAAGUGUUUGUUGUGCUGUGGCUCUUU